CCGUUGUAAACGUUAAUGUCACACGCGGUGUUUUUUUUGUUUUUUUUUUCCGUUUGGUUUCAGUUUUUGUUUAAAAUGUGUCGCUGACUUGAGAUAAAACAGCUACUGGGGUUAGCGUGAAGUUAGCUUUUCUCCUGGUUCACACAAAAGGAUUUUUCUAUUUUGUACAUACAUUGUUUUGUAUAUACUGUAUAUGAUGACUUCAGUGGUCAGCAAUCAAGCCCGGGGGGCUCGGGACAGAACACUUCCCACCACCACACAAACAACACAGCCACAGAAACAGAUACAGGCCACAGCAGAACAGAUUCGUUUAGCCCAAAUGAUCUACGACAAAAAUGAUGCUGACUUUGAAGACAAGGUCAAACAGCUGAUUGAGGUAACUGGGAAGACCCAGGAUGAGUGCAUGGUAGCUCUGCACGACUGCAACGAAGAUGUAAACAGAGCCAUCAAUUUCCUGCUGGAGAGCACAUCUGACACAAACUCCUGGGAGACUGUGGGGAAGAAGCGGAGCCUUGGGAAAGAAGGAGGACCCUCAGAGAUAAAGGAGAGCAGGGAGAAGAAAGGAGGGGAGAGGGAGGCCAGUCGUGGACGUGGGGGGUCCAACAGGAGAGGCAGAGGCAUCAGCCGCGGGCGUGAAGGUCGGUUAGAAGAGAAUGGGUUUGAGGUGGCUCCUGGAGAGAGAGGAGGAGACCGCGGACGCAGGGGGCGGGGCAGAGGGGCAGGGGUUCGCGGUAGAGGAAGAGCAGCUGCUGGCAACAGGUUCUCCACCCAGGGAAUGGGCACCUUCAAUCCUGCUGAUUACACGGCUAACUCUGGAGCUCGCCAGGAGACGUGGGAAGGGGACGGCAACGAACCUGCUGAGGGAACUGGAACAUGGGGAGGCAAUCUGGAAGACUGGAAUUCAGAAGACUGGAAUGAGGAUUUGUCUGAGACCAAAGUAUUCACUGCCUCUACUGCUCCAACAAACCACAUCACACCUGGACACAAUGUGGACCUGGCUAGCCUACUGCCUAAGCCUGGAGUGGCUGUAGGGGGUUCUGUGGACUCUGACUUGGUGGCAAUAGUCGAUGGGCCCUCAACCGAGGAUUUGGGCCAAAGUCUGGUGUUUACCAAUUCCCACCACAAUGGACGCACUACAACACACAGCUACGCACACGCCACCGCCAACAGCUACGCCCAUGCCGCCUCUGCUGGUACCACCUACGCGCAUGCUGCACUGUCCUCAGUUCUAGGUUCUGGUUUUGGGUCCCUGAAUGCACCUAAGCCGACAUCUGCCUCUGACAUGAGGACACCAGAGCAGCUCAAUGGGCCUCGGCUUGGUCAGAGAGCCAGUCAGACGUCGGGCACCACCAGCAACAGCAGUGUUUCCAAAGAUGCAGGGCCACCUCCAAUACAAAACCCUGCUCCUGCCUCAUCUCCUUCUGUCGACAUCAAGGCUCAAAGAGUUGAGAAUGGCCCUGCCCCACACUUGGAGAUGAAGCUUCAGCCAGAGCCAUCAGCGGUGCUCAGCCAGCUGGCUCAGAGGCAACAACAAUCCUCCAUCCUUCACACCACAGAGCCUCUGGGCCUGUCUCAUUCGCAUGCCCCACAGGUCCCCACACCGCCAGGUCACGAGUCCUCCAUCCCUCCUGUAAGAGAUGGAGCCUCUCCAGGAGUGAAGCUGCCAGGCAUGGAGCCUCCCAUCACAGAAGCCCCUCAGCGGCAGCUAAAGACACAGAGACGCAGAGUACCUCCUCCCUCAAAGAUUCCGUCGUCAGCAGUGGAGAUGCCGGGCUCAGCAGAUAUAUCUGGCCUGAAUGUUCAGUUUGGAGCUCUUGACUUUGGGUCUGAGGCUGGCAGUGGAACGGUAGACAUGGCGCAUACAGAGUCGGCCAGGGAGCAAGCCCCGACUCAGACUCCAGCUUCAGCUCCCAUGCCUGUCCCUUCUGCUGUUCCCACUCAGCAGCCACAAAGCAGCUUGUUCUCCAAGCCCGGAUCUAUGAGUGAACACAUGAGCAGCUUAUCCACCUUACCCUCAGCCGUAUCAGAUCCCAGCUUCCCCUCACCAUCCUUGGGCCUUCCGAGUGCCACGCCCUCCCCCUCCCUGGGUCUUCCCAGUGCAGCCACUCCACCCUCUUCUACAGCUCCUACAGCAGGCAGUCGGGUGGAGAGCAGUGGCCCAAGGUCCCUGCCACCUCACAUGGGUUACUCUCAGAGCAAAGAUGCCUCAGCUGCUGCUCUCACAAAUGGCUACACUGGCAUGAAGACGCAGAGCACACAGGACACUACAUCAACGUCUAGAACAGUGAAAACGGAGUCUCCUGUUAUGACGAGUGACAGUGGCCCCAGCCACCACAUCCCCUCCCCUGCGGUUACACCUUCCCACUCAACACCCAUCCCCUCACUCAGCAGUCACGUGACCAGUACUCAUUCAUCUGGAUCAGUCCUUGCCACAAGCUCCUCCCUCACUAUAAGUAAUGAGGAGAGCAGCAGUAGCGGCAAUCUCCAUGCCUUUUCAUCGUCGUCGUCCAGCCAAGCUGUCCAUCCCAGUCCUUUAGCUACCCUGGCUGUCAGCAGCUCAGCAUCCAAUGGCCUGCAUCCAUCUGGAGCACCGGGACUAACUCCUAAUGGCACAAACACCACACUCUCAGCUGGCAGCCGGACGGCACCCCUGCUCACCACCACCUCUGGCAAAGCUCCUCCCAACUUGGCCCAAGGAGUGCCGCCUCUCCUGGCCAACCAGUACAUCAUGGGCCCUGGUGGCUUGCUCCCUGCUUACCCGUUCUUUCCUCCAUUAUCUUUACAUCAACAGCAGAUCUAUGGAUAUGAGGACUUGCAGAUGCUGCAGUCUCGCCUUCCCAUGGAUUAUUAUGGUGUAACAUUCCCUGGUACUACGGCUGCCAUGCCUGGAAGAGAUGGCCUGACCAAUAACCCAUAUUCUGGUGAGGCGACAAAGUUUGGAAGAAAUGACUCUUCAUCUCCGGCUCCCCCAACAAGCCUGUCUACAGCUGGGGUGCAGUCGCAGCCCCAACAGGCUCCGCAAGGAGGUACACAGGGGCAAGGCCAGGGACAGAGCCAGGGUCAGCAAACACAGAACCAGGCCUUUCUCAACCCCCCUCUGCCUCCUGGCUACGGAUACACUGGUCUGCCGUACUACGCUGGUGUGCCGGGAGUUCCCUCAGCCUUCCAGUACGGCCCCACCGUCUUUGUGCCUCCUGCUUCGGCCAAGCAACCUGCAAUGGGCCUGGCCAACCCUUCCAAUCAGUACCACCAACAGCAUCAGCCCAGUUACGGACAGCAUGCAUAUGGCACAGCCUUUGAUGACCUGGCUCAAGCCCACGGGGAAUACAGUAAGGGAGGGUACGGAGGCUCUGCCCAGUCUCAGGCCAAGGCAGCGGGCAGCGGCCCUGGGAAAGAUGAUUCUACAGUCGAGAGUGUUCUGGAGAAAGCACCGGGAUUGUCAGGGUCAGGUACCAGUGGAGGAGUACCUGAUAUGGGAGGUUCAAUCUACAGCAAAACUCAGUCAUUUGACAAGCAGGGCUUCCACACGGGUACACCGCCCCCCUUCAGCCUGCCCUCAGCACUGGGGGGAACGGGGCCCCUGAACCCUGGGGGUGCUCCUGGCUACGCCCCUGCUCCCUUCCUGCACAUCCUGCCACCACACCAACAGCCCCACUCCCAACUGCUGCACCAUCACCUCACACAGGAUGGACAGGGUCCUGGUCAGCGCAGUCAGUCCAGCAGCAUGCAGCAGAAGACCCAAGGCAGCAAGUCCAGCUACGGCAGCUCCCCCUACUGGGCAAACUGAGGAAUGCUUCCCACUCCCCCCUCCCCCAAAAGGCUGUGUGUGUGCGUGCGUGUGUGUAAAGCUAAAACAAAAACAAAGACACACUACCCUCACAAUGAGCAACCUUGGGCUUCCUUGCCCCGCUCCCCCCACCUCCACAAGUCCUCAUAAGUCUUUUGGGUUCUCUCUUCCCCCCCUUUUCAAAAUUGGUUGUACAUGUAAGAUAUUUAUGUAUGUAUUUAUAUAUAUAUACUGUAUAUGUAAUAGUAGAACAUGAAAUGUGGUUGCUGCAUUUUAUUUUUGAAGGACUUUUGUUUACUUUUUUCAAAACUGCAGGAAAAGAUGUUACAUUAAGACAGAAUGAGAUGAUUAUGAUGGUGAGAGAGUGAGUGAAGAAGACAAAGGAUCUAAAACUUCCUGUAAGAAAUCAGGAAAAGGAGAGAGCUAUAGCACUGAUUGCAUAUGAGGACAUUUCAGAUGGGGGUGGGGUUUAUAAUAACUAACUGCAUCUGUCUCGUCUUUUUCUUUUUUUUUUUUAUACAUAACUUCCUGAAUGAUCAGGCUCAUCCCCCAAACUUCAUUUUGUAGCUUCCUGUAUUUCCCCUCCUUCUGGAGGGUUGCCUACUCCUUGUGUCAACACCUUCCCUUUAAAGACAGACCUUCCCAUCUAAAUUUUAUAUUUUAAUUUAAUUUUAACCCUGAUUUCCCUCGAAAUAAAAGUUCUAAGCAGUUGGA